AUGUGUUCAAUGCUUAACAAAUUAGAAUAUUUAAAUUUAGGUUAUAAUCAUAUUUUGACAUUGCCAUUUAAUUUUGGUCUACUACAAAAUAUGAAAACACUUGUUUUACAUAAGAACUUUUUAACACGAUUACCUGAGACAUUCGGGCAACUGAAAUCCCUAACAAUUUUAGACUUAGCUGGUAAUAACUUACAACUUUUACCAUCCAACGCAAGUCACUUUAUAAAAUGGGGGUUAUUUUAUGAGACUACACUUCAUGAUGAAAUUCGCUUUUAUUACUAUUCAACAACUGCUGUAGAAUUACAAAAAUUUACGCAGUUGAAAUUAAAAGAAUUCUACGCUGAAGCUAAUCCAUUCACACGAAACGAUUUAUUUACUUCAACUAAUCCUUGGUUAGAAGGUAUUAUAGGAUCAAAACAAUGGCAAACAGCUGGAUUUUGUGCUCUAUGUAAAAAUCCAUAUGCAACUUGGUGGUUAGAAAGUGUCCGAUUUGCCAAUCGUAAAGAAUUAGUAGGUUUUGAUGUAAUCAGUUCAUUCAUAUCUAUUAUCUAA